UUGCACAGUUUCACACACAGUAAUAUACGUACUAUUUAGCUGCUUAAAAACAGGGAAAUAUGAACAGGAAUAAGCCACUCAGGCUUAUUGGCCUCGAAGACAGCGAGUCGGAGAAAAAGCCGAAACUAACUUUGAACUGCCUGAGUGUAAUGCCAAUCCAAUGUCCUUUGGAGUCCUGCAUUGCCACGAUUUUCAGGCAGGAUAUGCUCGACCAUUUGGCGUCGCAGCACUUGCGAUCGAGCCUGCGGAAGCACUUGCAGCUGGCCUUCGCUGGGGAACGCUGCACCCUGAUCUUUGAUCCCUCCCAGCUGCCGGCCAGGCAGACCAUAUGCCUGGGCGUUCUGCUGUACGGCGGUGAGCGUGGCAGGCAGGAGCAAUUACCCGGAGUACGGGAGUUCAGUCACCGGAAUCGAUUGCCGGCGAACUCGGAGCUGGAGUCGCUGCAGGACUAUCUGCCCGUCAUGGUGCUGGUGCGAAGGACCACAUUCCUCGACUGGGCAUUGCUGGACAGGAAUAAGGAAGCGAACGAGGAUAAAGAGUCGCUUUACCAGAAAUGCAGCACUGGUAAAUGGGGUGUAGCCAAAAGGGUGACGCAUCUGGAUUUCACAUGUGAUCAGUAUGCCAAAUGCAGUGCGGAACAGAACAGUGACUAUAGUAGCCAAGAGUAUUUGGAUCCAAGGAAGCGUGACAUAACUGGGCACGAUAACAGGCAAGACUUAAAGGACUUGGAUAUGUACAUCAUUUGGACGCAGAGUGCGCCCUGCAUCCGACCACUCCACGUUUGCCUCACCGCCUUCAAUCGCACCUUGUCGGAUGGCCGGAGCGUCCUGCGUUUGGUGGCCAACUCGGGCAGAGUUUUCCCCGAAAUCGGUGGCAAGGAGCUGCCCAAGGACCGGCAUUCCAUGUGGCUGACGCAGCGGGAAUUGGAGGAGAUAUGUGGCGCUGAAUAUCAUCUCCAUCUCGAAGUGAUCCUGAAUGAGUCUUUGGAAUGACCUAAGAUUUGGUUUAUUUACUAUACAUUUGUAUUUAUUAAACCGCAGAGUUGUGAAACAAAUGGGAGUUUCAUGUGGUGGGAAGGAGGAGGAGCUCUGAUAGAGGACUGUGCCGCCAAGAAGAAGGAUCCUCCCCAGCUUCCCAACGCUCGCAUCCUUUAUGCACUGUCAUAUCGCAUACUUUACGGCUUUCAGGGCGAGUGCUUUUGUACAUUUGAAGUGAAUUUACAGCGCAACUUGCUUGUAUAAUGGCAUUUACUUUAUGCAAACACUGGGGAGGCACACAGUACAGGAGUACAGGAGUACAGGAGUACUCAAGGAGUCGCAGCAGCAGCAGGAUUCAGCAGGAUUCAGCGACGACGACAACAACAAUUAUUGCCCCACUCAUUAAGGCAAACUGCAGUGCUCCGCAGAGGACCUCCCGCUUAUUCGAAAGUAAUUAGCAUAAAAAUAAAUACCACUCAUUAA